CCACGUCACGCAGUACAGCUGAUAAGAUAUAGAGGCUCGCGGAACUAGGUAACAGAUAAAGGCGACGAGUAUACUUGGCGUACGGAUCGGACGAAUUAAUAAAAAAUGGAAAUCAGUUUUAAAGGAAAACGAGCUUUAGUGACAGGCGGAGGGAGAGGCAUUGGUAAAUCUAUCGCACAGGCGUUGCUAAAAUGUGGAGCAGAAGUGAUUAUCUUAGACAAAAUAGAAGCUGAUCUUCAGAAGUUCAAAGAGGAGGAACCUAGUAUAAUUCCGUUACCAUGCGACUUAUGUGACUGGGAUGCGACGAGAAAAGCAGUCGAGAGUGUAGGGCCAGUACACCUACUUGUCAACAGCGCUGGCGUGGCGGUUCUCACACCGUUCGUGGACGUCAAAAAGAGUGAACUGGAUUGGGUUUUCAGUGUGAAUUUCCAGGCUAUAGUGAAUGUAUCCCAGGUGGUUGCCAAGGGUAUGAUUGACAGAGGUGAGGGAGGAGCCAUAGUUAACAUCUCUAGUAUGACAACAAAUGUCGCCUUUUCCGAGCACACGUCUUACACGUCAUCCAAGGGAGCAGUUGAUUCUCUAACAAAGAUUAUGGCCCUUGAGCUUGGACCACACCAGAUUCGCGUCAAUGCAAUUCACCCAACCAUUGUUUUGACAGACAUGGGAAAAAUAGCCUGGGAGGAACCUAAGAAGCGCAUGAAAUACGUGGUCAGGACACCAAUGGGACAUUUAGCAGAACCCACUGAUAUUGCCGACGGUGCGGUAUACUUGCUCAGCGACAUGGCGAAAAUGGUCAACGGUACUAUCCUGCAUAUUGACGGCGGACUCACUUGUAAUUAGGAGUUUUAUUCGUCAAGACAAUGGAACUAUGCAGAUUGAACUAUCAAAUCAUACUCAAGUGAAACAUCAGACUAUUUCAUAAUGACUCAAAAACAUAAUAAAGUGAUACCCAGUCAAAUGCUCUUCUGAAUUGUCACCUCAACGUGAAACAAUUGUAUCUAUACUGUAACAGUUAAUAGUUUCGCCCCGAAGGGACAUCACGUGUUAAAUUGAGCCGCGCCAUGGGAAAACCAACAUAGUGGCUUUGCGACCAGCAAACGGUUUCUCUAAUUGCAGUAGGCUUUGAAAGCGAACAGCAUGAGUCCUGACCAGACUGCGCGUCGUAAACGCACUAUGUUGGUUUUCUCUUGACACGGCUCAAUUUAUUUCUAGGGGGACCAGCUAGACAAGAGUUUCAAUGAAAUUUGUUCAGAGUGUUCGAACACUCACGUGUAGAAUCGAUGCUUGUUUUAGGUUUUUAAGCCAAACAAUCCAAUAUGGAAACUUUACACAGAACAAAACUUUAUAAUCUUGUGAAAACAUCUUUGCAAUCAAACUUGUGUUAAAGACCACCUCCUAAAAAGACCAAUAGAAAAAGAGCCUUGCUUUAAAAGGUCACUAUUUUCUCUUACCAUAAAAUAACGUUAAUAUGUUCCUAUUGAGGGACCAUCUACCAACAAGGAUCACAUUUUCGUUUGUCAAGGAUAAUCUUUAUAGACAUAUUUUAAGGCCGCCUGUUUUUGAUAUUUACUUCGUGUUAAAGCUAGCCUUAUAAAUAGCCUUUGGGAAGAAUUUCCAUUGAAGUGUCGAUACUAGAUAAGAUAAAAGUUAAGGUUAUAUUUCGAAAUGAGGACGAAUAAAUAAGGUUGAAGAAUUUUGAGAAAAUUGAACAGCUUUGUAGAUUUCAGAAAACAAAAGGCAACGAUUUGGCUGACAUUUACAAUACAAAUAGCAUCCCGUGUAUGAUGAAAAUUGGCUCAGAAAUUAAAAAAUAAUAGAACAAUGCAGAUAUCACUUUUAUGAAAGUAUCGGAUUUAGCCAGUAAAAAUUGAGUUCUGACACUUAUAUGUUUCGUUCAAAAAUAACAAAAGUAUCGCAGUUUCCAGCCCCCUGAAUUGUAUUGCUUAUGUUAUAUAAAAGGGAAGUAAUUUCAAAUGACUCUUUAUGAGGAAUCGGAAGAGUUGUCCUAAUGAUAAUGUAUGGAUUUCAAUAGGCUGCGGAUGUCACUUA